CAGUCUGCUUGCUCCCAGUGUACAAGCCCACUGAACUGAGCUGGAACAACUUGUCACAGCUCAUUACUGAUCCACGAAUCUGAGCAGGGUCCCGGGGUACAGCAGGAAGAGGCUCCCCUUCAAAGUAAAGCAGUUCUGUGCGUCACAGCGCUGUUUGUCUCCGCAGUGAUUUCACUCGAAGCUGAGUUCAGGAAACCGCUACAGCACAGACUCCGUCCUCAUGGACCUGGAAACAGCUCCGCACAGUGAGCCGUGUCUGUCUCUGUGAAGGAGCAACAGGCUGAUUUCUGCCUCAAACCACCGCAGCGAGUGUCUGACACCAUGAAACUGAAUCCACAGGAAGCUCUGCUUUAUGGAGACUGUGUGCUGACAGUGCAGCUUGAUGAGGACGAAGAGAAGGAAGCAGACUUUUACCUGAUUUUCUCUGGGUCUACACAAAGGCACGUGAGCAGCACACUGCGAGUGAGUCAUGUCAAACUGCAGGCCAUGUGUCCAGGCCAUAAUGUGUGUGAACAGGUCUUGGUGACACUGUGUUUAGCUCGCCCCGAUGGAUCAGUGGACACGCACUCUCAGCAGACCUUCUCCUUCAUACAGAGUCCAGAGGAAGCUGAGAGCCUGGCCCUGAAGCAUGACAGCCAGCCUCACCACAGGACUGCACCACAAGCACCCUGCAGCACACACACAGAUGUGCAGAAGGGAACGGUCACAGUGACGGACACACACAGACCCGACACACAGAUGGAUGUCUCCUCAUUUUGGAGCAGCUGCCCUGCUGUGUGUGAGCACCAGCAGCCCUCCAGCCUGCUGCAGCUCGCAGCCAGUCAUGGUCUGAAGACAGCACCGGCAUUCCUCCUGCAGCAGCCCGCAGGGAAGGAGGCAUUGCGAAGGACGAACACUCAGGGUUCAGCUCCAGCAUGUCUUGCAAAGGGCAGAGGGAAGCAGCCACUUCUGGAGCUCUUCACACACUAUGCAACGCUCCCAGAUGUUCAAGUGGAAGCUGAGGAGACACUGCAAGUUUACCCCAAAGGUCAAGUGUUUCAGUACCAUGCCAGUGUAGGUACCUACACGCUAACCUUCCUCCUGCAGAGGGAGGGGGACACAGGGACAGACAGCAGGGGGCGCUGCUGUUUACCAGAGGAAGUGAUGGAGCUGAGGAGGCUGAUGGAGGGUCACAAAUACACUGUGAGUUCAGGCUUCCCCUCGCUGGAGGAGAGAACACAAGGGGACGACUCUGCUGCUGUCAGUCAAACAUCCUGUACCAGUGGAGGUCUUUGUCAAAGAGAGGAAAAAGGGUGGGAACACCAGGGCAGAGCAGCUGCCCGCACUGGGAGGAACAAGAAAAACAAAAAGAGAACCGCCAAAGUCACAAGACCUGCAGCAGAGUCUUCAGGAAACCAGAACCGAGAAAGUGCACGGAGGCCCCGCACGGCAACAGGAAGUGGAACUCUCUCACCAAGACAACGAGCAGUGGCGACUGUGACUAAUGUCGGAGGAACACAAGAAACUCCAUCACCCAUAAGGCCAGUAUUGGGACCAGGUGUUGAAAGGAAGUGUGCUGGCAGGAAAGUGGUUGCCUUGCCUACGGCCAGUGUCGUAGAUAAACAGGAAGGCCAGAAACAGGAAGUGGAGCUGCCGAUGCGUAAGCUGGUGUCAAAGACAGGAAGAGACACACAAAGUGUCAGCGCAGAAAUCACAGUGGAAUCAGCUGCAGAUGGGACAGUGGCCAUGGGUCAGGAGCAGUCCCAGGACAGUCAGACAGAGCAAGAGGAGCCAAGCCCAGUCGGCACUAUUAAGAAAAGUCCUUCAUCUGACACGGGAGCCAGCCCUGAGUCCACACACGCUGAAAGGAAAGGUAGGAGAGUGCUAUGGCGGGAUGGAGGUUGGACCGGAAGCAGAAUGGGACCAGAAGCAGCAGGAAAAACCACCUGGUAUGAGGAAGAAAACUUCGAACAAGUUUCCAGUGAAGAUUCCAGGAGAACAGAAGUGAACUCGCAGUCAGUCUGGUACGACAGUGGCACCACGGGUGAGAGAAUCCCCGGACAGCAGGAGCAGGGAGUGACAGAGAAGAGAAACUGCGAUACGAGCUCACCUCAAGUUUUAGGUCUUAGUUCUCCACAGCUGUUAGAGCAGGCGCUGUCUGCAGCCCCUAGUCAGUCACAUGCUGCUGGAAACCUGCCAGCACUGUCACAUGGGCCACACGCACAAAGACGGGAAGUGCAGCCAGAGGAGGAAGUUAGGUCAGACUGGAAGAAGGCAGGAGUGGAAGGAGACAGAGAAGAGGCCAGUAACAGAGAGACAAGUUUCAGCAGAAGGAUUUGUGAAACGGCAGGCGCUGAAGAGGGAGGAGAAAAACUAGCAACGAGCAAAAAACGGAGGAGAAAAAAGAGGGGGAAGAGAGGAGGUGGAGAAGCCAAACUUAGCUCCUGCUCCAGUACAGAAUCUCAGGGUUACACAGAGAUUCAGACAGAAAGCCAACAAGCAACAGAGCCCGGCAUCCAGUCACAGACACAGACUGGGAGGACAGACGGUUGCUGCCUCCCUGAUUCUGAGCCGGCCUGGAAGCAGGAAGCUGAUGACGAUGCCAUGCACCUACCCGGCCACACGGAGAUCCAGGCCCGCAGCGCUUGUGGAGCUGGCGGUGAUGUUACAAGCUCAGACUGUGGUUUCAUGGCUGAAGAGCUCAGUCACGCUGAGCAUCUAACAGCACACUCCACUCCAGUUACAGCUUCACACACAGAAAGAAGCAACGACUCAUCAAAGGAUGAGACCGUGAGCUCAGUCUUCAUCGCUUCAGAACUCGGUGAAGCAGACGUCAGUACAGUGGACAUAAAGACAAAUACAACUGUGCAGCCGGAGGCAACACAAGGACGUGACCCUGGAGAGCUGGAAUCACAGAUGCCUGCCAUUCCUGUCCAGCCAGCACCGGAUAAUGCUGAUCUUAAGGCUCUGCCACCAAACGAGGAUCUGACCGUUACUUGUACAGCCACAGAAUCUGGGAUCCAGAUCGGGUUAGCGAACUCCAAGUAUCCAAAGGAAUUUGUUAAACAGUCGGAGGAUACAGAGCUCAGGGAGGAAAAGCCAGGACACUCUGUGGAUCCCACAGGAACACCAGCAGGACUUGUUGAAUCUGUGCGUCCCACAGAAGCUGCUUUUGUACCAGCUGACGAUAGAGCGGAUGUUGCUCCCCUUCACAUUCGGGAAGGAAGCACUGAGAGCACUGCGAGGGAAUAUUUAGAGCAUUGUUUGGCCCCUGAGAUGCUGAGAGGUCAGCUGAACACGGAGAAAAUGAGACAUAACAUGCGGGUGGGCGUAGAGGGAGGAGUUGAGGAAAGAAGCCAGAGUGGCGACGAGGACAGUGCCACAGAGGCGUGUUCUAUGGAGCAAGGGCGAGUGGUGAAGCAGAACUAUGAUGAAGACCUGGUUGCUGCAGCAGUAGCUGUUGUAGCAGUAGCAAUAGCAUCAGCAGUGGUUAGCAUAGAAGUGAGCCAACAUUUAGUAGACAGUAUGUCAGAGAGUCAAGUGUGUGCUGGCAGAGAAGCAGGAAUCAGUCCAUCAUUAGCACAGGGGAGCGGUGCAGUCAGCCUCAGCACGGCUCAGUGCUCACAGCUGUCUCCACAGCUGAUCGCCAGAGCUGACACAGAAAACCAGCCUGCAGCACACUCUCACUCUCACCUCACUAACCACAUCACCUCUAUAGGAGAAGCGUGUGUUCACACAGCAGAGGAAGCACCUUCUGCAGAGAUAUCUUGUAUAACUACUACAGACGAUCAGGCUAACAGUGACCUGCCUUCAUUUGCUGACGCUCUUCAGUUACCAAAACAUCCCAAAGAAGAAAUUCAAAAAGAAAGUCUGCACAGCAAAGUCUUUAAAUACUCACCACCUAAAGAAGAAGAUAACAAACCUUUGCCAGAGGUGAUGACAGCUGAGGCAGACGGAGAGAGCCAGUCCCACUGUCAGAAUCCACUGCUAACAGAGCACAGAGACCCCAAAGAUCAGGCUGCCUGUCCUGAAGAGGGAGAUGGACAGCAGCACUUUCAAACAAGAGAGAUCCCCGAUCAAGACACCGGUCACUCUGUGGAGUGCAGAGAUGCUGAGUGGCAGGAUAGAUCAGAAGAUAGUGAGUACUGUGCAGACGGUUUCCCAGACCUGUCAGCCUCACACUCUCACACUCCAGGAAAGGAGAGCCAGCCACAGCUGGCUAUAAUGCCACAUCAGAGUAGUUUAGCACUUCCUGUUACCCCCAGUAACCCAGCUUCCCUAGCUAGUCCCACUCCACAGGAAACGACUGCUCCUGUGGAAUCAGCUGAACUUCUGUCAUCAGCAAACGGCAAUAGUCUUACUGCAAGCCCUCCUGAAGCUGAAGGUGGCAAAAACCAAAGAGAAGCUCAUGACUGUGUCUGUGUGAACCCCAAGGAUGGUGUGUUUGAAGGGCUGGAUACGGUGGAGAAAGGAGGAGAAGUGGAGAAGCUCACAGUGGAGGAGACAUCCCACACAGGAGCAGCAGAGCAGGAGCAGAGAGGCUGGGACAGCGCACAUACUCUGCAGAUCCAGAGAGAAAGCCAUGUGCUCUGUCCUGUACAGCCCAGUCUUGAACACAACGCAUUAACACCAUGUACAGAUAUUCACACAGACCGAGGAACGUGUGUGUCACUGUGUUUGGUGCAGGGAGAGUCAGUGGUGGAAGAUGGCCUGAACGUCACUCCUGAGCUGGACGAUGGUCUAAUUCACAAGCCUGAGGCUCCUCAGACUGGUGUUGGGGACAUGGACGGCCAGGCCUGUGGCGCCCACUCCUCCACUAGUAAUGCACUGAUGCAAGAAGCUGUCAGCCCCAGCAAAGCAGCUUUGUCAGUGGACACAUCUGGCACUGUGUCCCCUCAGAGCUCCACACUGUCCUGGAUGUCAGAAACGGAGGACAGAGGAGGAGGAGGAGGAGAGGUAGAGGGAGGAGGCGAUGAAGAAGAGAAAAAAGACCAGCUUCCAGAAACUCCAGUGUCAUCAGCCGUCUUGCGCACCUCCAGUCGCUCCUUGUCUCCGUUGCGUCGCCAUAGCUGGGAGCCGGGCAGGACCAACACAGCCACACACAUGGAGCUCUCACAGAGCAGUCUGCCUGCCCCUUCCUUCAGCUCACUGAAGAGCGUUUCAGGAGAGGUGAAACAAGCCAAGACCCCCCUCCACAGGAGAAGUAUGAGCUGGUGUCCAUCCAACCUGGUUUGUCCUGAUCAGGAGCAAAUAGACAGCCGAAGCCACAGUCUAGAAAGUCUAGAAGUGGGCACAGCAGUGGUGCAGGACCAGACGCAGUGUGCCAGCAUCAGUGAUCAGGAGGUGGUGGCUGCAGGCAGGAAUUCACAUGUGGAGAGCCUGGACAGGGGGUCUCUGGCCUCCCUAACCGAGGAGGAGCAGGAAGGAGACAGCAGCAGCAUUGACAGCCAGACAUCAUUGAUUGUCCGCUGUCCUGCCAUGUUUCAUCAUCCAACUCUCACCAAAUCCAUCUCCAUGGUCACUGUCACUCAGCGGGACAUACAGGGUGUGAACUCAUUCUGCAGUCACUCUGGGUCACUGGCAUCCAGUAUUUCAGAGGAUGAGCCAGGUCCCCUGCAGAGCGAAACUGAGGGAAAAGGAGGACCUAAAAUUGGUCGGAGAUUCAGCUACCUCCGCAACAAGAUGAGCAAGAGAGUCAAGGACAAGGAGAGGAGGGGGGAGGGUAAGCAAGAGAGCAAAGCACGAGAAAAGGCCCCCCUGUGCCCCCCCAGCUCCACGCUGUGUCAGCACAGCAGCAGACUCCUGUGCAAUAAGGAAACGUUCUCCUGCAACAACUGUGGGGUCCUGGUCAGUGACAGAUCCACAGAGGGCCCGUCUGUCUGUGCAAAGAACAAAACAAAGCAGCAAGCAGCGGUGCCAGAAGGCGUUCCUGGGUCGUCUGUUAACACGAGGAGUAAAACUACAUCUUCUACAUCAUCGCUUUCGUCAAGGUCCUCAUCGUCACGUUGGUCAACAGUAACCAUGCCCGACGACCACUUUCCUAUGCUGUCUCCGAGAAGAAGCCGCAGAACCUUCAGCCCUCACAGCAACCUGGCUAAGAGCAUCUCCAGUAGCAACAUACCAUCGUUAGACGAUGCUGCACUCAAACGCCUCAAAGUGCUGUCCCAGUCCACCGACUCUCUCAAUCAGGGGAGCAAAGUCAACGCUUCAACUGAGUCUCUCACUGAUGAAGGUACUGAGAUCAUUGACACCCAGCUGAUGGAGUUUGAAAAUGACAUUAAAGAUCUGGAAGCUGAUUCUUGGAGUGGCAUGGUGGAUAAGAAGUUCUUGAAGUCCCUGAAGAAAGAUGAAGUGAAGAGACAAGAUGUCAUUUAUGAGCUGUACCAGACAGAGGUUCACCAUGUGAGGACUCUGAAGAUUAUGUCGGAGGUGUAUCACAAAGGCCUUCAGAAGGAGCUGCAGCUUGAUCUUCAAACUCUGAACAAGAUUUUCCCUGUUUUGGACGAUCUCUUGGAGGUACACACAGAAUUCCUCUCAUUGCUCCUGGAGAGAAAAAGAAAUGCAUCAGCCGAGAGACAGAAAAGCAACAACUUCAUAAUCUGCAGCAUUGGAGACAUCUUAGUUAAACAGUUUUCAGGCUGCAGCUCCGUCCGCAUGACGAAAGUUUAUGGGAAGUUUUGCAGUCGCCACAAUGAAGCCGUCAGUCUGUACAAAGAACUCCACGCCAAAGAUAAACGCUUCCAGGCUUUCGUCAAGAGAACAAUGAGCAGCAGUGUUGUGCGGCGGCUCAGCAUCCCAGAGUGCAUUUUGUUGGUGACUCAGAGGAUCACCAAAUAUCCUGUUCUGAUCCAGAGGAUCCUUCAGCACACCAAAGAGUCGGAUAAGGAGCACGGCUUGGUUUCUGACGCGCUGCGCCUUGUGAAGGAGCUGAUUACGGCUGUGGACAAUAAAGUCAACCAGCAGGAGAAGAAACAGCGCCUGAAGGAGGUGUACAGUCGCACUGACAGUAAGUCCAUCAUGAGGAUGAAGAGUGGUCAGAUGUUUGCUAAAGAGGACCUGAUCAGAGGGAGGAAGCUGCUGCACGAUGGAGCGCUGCAGCUGAAAAACUCUGCGGGAAGACUCAAAGACGUCCACGCCAUGCUCCUGACAGAUGUGCUGGUCUUUCUUCAGGAAAAAGACCAGAAAUAUGUAUUUGCCUCAUUGGAUCAGCGCUCCACGGUCAUCUCCUUACACAAACUCAUUGUUAGAGAAGUGGCAAAUGAGGAGCGAGGUCUGUUUCUGAUCACAGCUGGCACAGAAAAGCCAGAAAUGGUGGAGGUGUUGGCCAGCAGCAAGGAGGAGCGCAACACAUGGAUGGCCAUUAUACAGGACGCUAUGCAGUGCAUGGAGAAAGAUAAGGAUGAGGGACUCCCAAGUGAGACGGAAGAAGACCGGAAACAGCAGGAGAACAGAGCAAAGGAGAUCCGCGAGCUUCUGCAGAGGAAGGAUGAGCAGAUUAUCAGUUUGCUGGAGGAGAAGAUACACAUCUUUAGAGAGCUGGGUAACUGCAGUCUGUCUCCUGAGGAUGCUAACACAUCAGUCAGGGAGCGGAUGUUGUUCAGAGCCACACCUGAUAACGUCACCAAAGGAGAGCCGGUCAUAAAUGAUGCUGUGAGAGAAGUGGAGGCCCUGCAUGCUUUGGUCAGCGGAGGUUUUGGUGCAGCGGCCUGCGGUCCAGACGGCCUGACAGGGGGCGCCGUGGGACCAGUCUGCCUGCCCAGACGAGCGGAGACGUUUGGAGGCUUCGACAGUCAUCAGAUGAACAGCAGCAAGAAUGGAGAAAAGGAAGAGGGAGAGGAGUCAGUGGACCUCCGCAGGACUGAGUCCGACAGCGUGCUGAAGAAGGGAGCCACUGCCAGCCUGCAGACCCUGCUGAAGAGAAACAAUGAACAGCUCCAGCGCAGUGUGACACGUCUCCAUGAGCUGCUGAUUUCCCUGCAGGCUGUGGUCAUCCAGCAGGACUCAUUUAUUGAGGACCAGAGGCAAGCCCUGAACAGCCAACUCAGCACCACCUCCUCCAGACAGUCCAUCUCUUCGUCCUCCUCCUGCUCCUCGCUCUCAUCCUUAACUACCUCGCGCCCCUCCUCCCUCAUUGAGCAGGAGAAGCACAGGAGUUUGGAGAGGCAGCGGCAGGAGGUGGCCAGCCUGCAGAAACAGCAGGCUGCACAUCAGGAAGAAAAGAGGAAACGAGAGAGAGAGUGGGAGCUGAAAGAGAGAGCUCUGGCAGACCGGGAGGAGAGGCUGGGGGAGGAAGAGGAGCAGACGAGGCGGAGAUGUCAGGAGCUGACAGAAGAGAUGCAGAUGUUACAGAGGAGCAAAGAAGAGUACCAGAGAGACGUGGAGUGGCUGAAGGAGGCGCAGAGGAGGCUGGACAGAGACGAGGAGGCUCUGAGGAGAGACGAUCAGAAGGUGGAUGCAAAGAGAGAGCAGUCGGAGGAGCUUCAGAGGUACCAGCGCACUCCCUCCACAAACUCAGACGACUCCUUAAGGUUCCACAGCACCGGGUCCCUGGAUCUGGAUUUAAAAGAAGCAGCAGAACAAGCCAAAGAGGUGGAGCUCUCAUCCUCCGCCCCAACCAAAGAACCUUUCCUCCGCAUUGGAUCCAAGAGGAUGAGCAAAAAUUUCAACCCCUUCUCCUCUAAGGCUCAGGGAGCAGAGAAGGAGUCCCAGCUCCCCUCCAGACUACUUCAACUGACCAAGUCCAAAGAGAAGAAGGAGAAAAAGAAGAAAGGAAAAGGAGGGAAGGAUGCGCAGACAGAAAACAAAGGUGCAGUGAUGUUGGAUUCUCCAAAUGAAAGUGACUUCUUCAUCUGAGGAGUGAACUCCUAACACCCAGUCGCACAGCUGACAGUGUGUGUCUGUCUCUGUCUGCUUGGCCCUGGACAUUGCCCCAGCCUUCCCGUCACAAAGACUGUAUCAUCAAAGGUCAAAGGUCAGGCAGGGUAACACACUGACUUAGCUGAAGGCUUUCCCAAGGUAACAGACUGCUCUGGAGACUAUCCUGCCCACGCUCCAUUAAUGCCAAGCUGGAUGGAAUCAGAAGAGUUUGUCCAGCAGCAGGUCCGAACAUCGACAGCUUCCAUCAGCACCUGAGCCUGGAAAAGCUUAACCUGACCAAUCACAAGCAAGAUUUCUUUUAAGUGUUGCUGAAGCUAACUUUUGUUGCUUGUUAUGCACUCCUGACUUUUAGGAAGCACACACACACACACACACAGCAAGUUAAACCAUCAUUCAUUGUGAAUGAAACAGACCCCCUUUAAAUUAAAAAAUCUGUGUUUAUUUGAUUUUGAGCUGAAGUGCCUUCCAUGUGUCUGGCACAUCACUGGCAGCAGGUAUACGUGUAGCAGCAGUUUGUUACAAUCUGAUUUGUAACAAAGUACUGAUGAAAUGUGCAUUAUACAGAACUGACCGUGCACUGUUUACAUGUCAGUGUAGCAAGCUUCCUGCUCAUUUCAUUGGUCCCUCAUUUCUGCCCAAGCUAUCAUUUCAGACCCGGCAGCAACAUAUUUAAAGUAUGCACUGACCCGGGCUCUCCCAUCAAAGUCGCCAAACUUUUAUACUCUGGAAGAAUCUCUGAUUUAAAUUGAACUUAAGAUUUUUAUAACGGUAUUGGACAUUUUAUUAGACAGAUGGUCCACAAACCCAGUCAUGAGUGAAAUCAAAGAAGGACAACUGUAAUAUUAGAACACUACAUACCUCUGCAUGUGGACAAGGGUCCACUCUAACCCCCGUUUCUAUUGCCUUUAUUCACCCUCACAAAGCCCUGCUGGUAUGCAUAACACCCUAUCAUACACUGGACACCCACAGACUCGUGUGCUCCAUCCACCUGUGUGGGGAAUGACAAUCGAGGUCGAGACAUUGCUUUACUUACUGCUGCACUCACUUGUUAUGUUUACUCUACAUGAAGCUUAAUAUUCCUAUUCUUUUUAAUAAAAGCACCUGACUCAUGCUAAACAGCCCAUGUGCUGAAAAGUGGAACAAACACGUCAGAAGAAGACUUCUAUGAUACACACCACUGGUUUGAAUCUGCUUGUGUGCAUUCCCUUGUGUUGACGGCUGCUUCUCGUUGUGACAAAAAUGGCAUGUCCUAGCUGAACUGCUCCUCUUUGAACAACACAAGAACACAAUACCUGCACAGAUAACAGAGCCAUUUCGAGGAAGCCAGUCAAACAUGCCAAAGAGAGGAGUCCAUUAAAUAUUCAUCACUUGUGCUUCUGUUUUUCAGCAGCGUUAUAUUUCCAGAUAACUGGAUUCUCCCAGUGCAUCACACAGGGAGGCUCGCUCAGGGCGUGUACAUGAUUAUAUGUAGCCUUCAGUGUCAUAUUUCAGAGGGCGGGGUUAAUGCAGUAAAAGUGUUUUAGCUCUGCUCUAACCAGGUAGUACUCUAACCAAACAGCAGAGGUGAGAACAAAAGUUAACUAAUAAAACCAACACUGACAGUAGACUGACGCUCCUGCAUCACACUUGCAAGCGCGUGGCGCUCCGUGACACUGCUGGAGUGUUUGCUCACAGAUAACAGAGGACAAAGAUGGCAGCACUGGAUGCUCGUCAGGAACUAGUCAGCAGUAAGAUCAGGUAUAUGAACAGUACAUGCUAAACUGUGUAGUAUUUUUACACUAGCAGCAGUCUGACCUUUGUUUACACAGUGUCUUUGAAUAGAGGCUGAUGAGAUUUUGAUGAGAGGCUAAAGAAGCAUUUCUGCUAAUAUCCAUUUCUUUUUAGUGCAUUAAUUCAAAAACUGUAGAAAUAGAGUUUUAAAAAUAGUUUUGCACUUGGAUGGAAGUAUGUGUGGGUGAAAUAUAUGAGCAGCAGGUAAAUGACUGAGAAGAAACCAUUAAAGAUUAUGCAUAAAAAGCCCAUUAAUACAUUAGUCAUGUUUUUGUGUUGAGUGGCACAAAUCAUGUUAACCCUGUAAAGCCUGAACCAAUCAUUACUAGAAAAUUACAUUUAUAAAACAAAUGUAGUUCAUUAAAACUACUGACAAUUUUUUUUUUAAAAAGAACUUAAAUAUUAUUUUGCAUAUAUGUGGUUGUUUUUAUUUUGUUUUUUUUUACUAUUUAUUGUUGAUUUGUUGAGCAAUUAUUUUUUUUUUCGGCGGGGAGAAAGUCUCAAAAACUCAUCUAUCAAAUAUGAAACAGUUGGCAUUAUAGGGUUAAAGACACGUUUCACAUGAACUUGUUCACACUCACAACCAAACAGAUGUUCACUGAUGGAUUUUAGUGGAGCAGACACUCCAGCACCACCCACCCACCACACAGCAGUACAGUGUACAGUGUUAUCAGUUUACACUGAGCCCUCAACCAACAAGCUCAGUCACAGACACGGCCUCUGUGUUGUUCCCGUGCACUAAAAUAUUUCUAAAGCCAUGAAAAAUGAAAGUUUCACCAUCUUUUUCGCUGUGUGUGGGAUCGUCUUGAAAUAUUUUUGGAAUAAAAACACGAGGUACAAGGUUUCUGUUUUAUUUCCAAAGAAAAAAGAUGGAGGCAGAGCAACACAUUUUGUAAAUAUGUACAAAUUUCAAGUGAGAGAAAAGCUUUAUUUGUCUACUUUCUUCCUGAUCUGGAAAUAUAAUGUUCAAUCCUAAUAAAUAACUAUGCUAUUGUCA